AUGGCAUCCUUAACUUUGAAACACUACUUGCAGGAAGAACUGGAGCGGCGUUUUCGUCUUGCUACGCCGCGAGAUCUUUUUCGCCAGCGAACCCCAACUAUUGGUGGGGGGGAUGUGAAGCAAAAGGCGGAGGAAAUACGAAACUACGUGCAUAACACCAUGGACCUUUACGAGAAAGUUUUUGAAAGUGUAGCAUUCGAGGAAGCUUUCUUUGUACCGCCCAUUCAUAAACUUCGUCACCCGUUGAUCUUCUACUACGGCCACACGGCCUGCUUUUACAUAAACAAGCUAUGCGCAGCUGGGCUUUCCACGCGCAUCAACCCACGGUUUGAAGAAAUGUUUGCGGUCGGUGUGGACGAGAUGAGUUGGGAUGACCUCAACGAGGAGCACUACAACUGGCCGUCUGUGGAUGAAGUGACAGAGUACCGGCGGGCGGUACGUGACCGCAUCGAUGAACUUUUUACAAACGGUAAGUUCGAACUGAGGCUUCCGUUAACGUUUGAAAAAAGUACACUGAACAGCGACAACUCGUUCUGGUGGGUUAUGCUGAUGUGCGCCGAGCAUGAACGCAUCCAUGUGGAGACGGCAUCUGUUCACGUGCGAGAGCUUCCUUUAAAAUACGUCAAGUCAGAUAUGGCUUGCUUCUGGAAACGAUGUCAGGAAGUUAACUCCAAAGCCCCUACAAACGAGCUCCAUGAAGUCACUGGCGGUAAGGUGCAGGUUGGGCGCAAACCGGAUUCCACGCUAUACGGCUGGGAUUGUGAUUUUUCGAACGGAAAUUACAUAAUUGACGUGCCUACCUUCAGAGCGUCAAAGUACAUAGUUUCCAAUGCAGAGUUCUUUGCCUUUAUGAAGGCGGAUGGAUACAACACACAACGCUACUGGGAUGAGGAAGGGUGGAGCUGGGCUAAGUGGAAGAAGCCACAACACCCUUGGUUCUGGGUGCGUGAUGAGAAACGUCCCGAUGGUUACGCGCUUCGACUUCAAACGGAAUUGAUCGAUUUGCCGUGGAACUGGCCAUGUGAGCUCAACAACCUUGAGGCUCGGGCGUUCUGUAACUUCAAGGGCGAACAGAUGGGGAAGAAGAUUCGCAUGCUGACUGAAGCGGAAUGGCUUCUUCUCUGGGAACGUUACGUAGGAAAAGAUCAAAUGUCCUGGGAUGCGGCUCCGGGAAACCUUAACUUGGAGCACUAUCAAAGCAGCUGCCCCGUUAACAAGUUUCCCCACGGCCCUUUCUUUGACAUUGUGGGUAACGUUUGGCAGCACUGUGAAACUCGUGUUUAUCCAUAUCCUGGAUUCCAGGUACAUCCGUUCUAUGAUGAUUUUUCAAUGCCCACUUUUGAUGGUCGUCAUGCGUGCAUGAAAGGUGGGGCUUGGAUCAGUACUGGAAAUGAGGCCACUCGUGACGCUCGUUUUGCAUUCCGCCGCCACUUCUUUCAAUACAUCGGAUUGCGCUACGUUGAGGGCGUGCCAGCCGACGAGCAGCGCUAUUGCCAGAGCGUACUGGGCCUCGACCCAGAAGUUGAUGUUAUUACAGAUGUGAACUUUCGAAAGUCAUUUGAGGGGAUUCCAAAUGGCUGUGCCAAGAUUGCAAAGUACGCCAUGGCUCAGUUUACGGCUCACGCCAAGACGGAGGCUAAGCGUGCGCUCGACUUUGCCUGUGGAGCAGGCCGGAUAUCCUUUGAACUGACAGCACUCUUUGAUAAUGUUGUUGGCUCUGAUUUCACGGCCCGCCGCCUUAUCCCAGCGUACGCCAUGCGCGAGCGAGGUAACUGCACCUACAGCACGGUGGAUCCUUCUUCAAAUCAGCGUGUGACACAUACUGUUGAAGCUUCGGACUACUCCUGGCAUGCCACGCGUGAACGCGCCACAUUUUUCCAAGCUGAUCCCACAAACCUUCACGCCCACAUGAAGGACUUUUCCUUGAUUCUCUGUUGGAACGCACUGGAAAGGAGUUAUAAACCUGCCGACAUCCCGCCACAUCUGUUGAGUCGGCUGGAGAAUGGCGGCCUGCUCAUAAUUGGCGGUGGCUGUGUGUGGAGUGAAAGUGGCACUCCAGUUAAAGAGCGUUUCUGUGGAGAAUCUGCGCGGAAAGAGGGGCUUUCAGAAGAGGAAGUAUACAAAUUGCUGGGCGGUGAGGCCACUGUGGAGCGUGUUGGGGAGCCAAUUGAUGUUGUUGUUGCAUUUCCAGAAAUGCACCAUGCUGCGAAAUUGAAAAAGGUGCGAUUCUUUACCUAUCGAAAGAAGUAG